GACAAAUUGGUAGUCUGUUGGCUAGGUGGUCACGUUAUAUCUUCCUGCUUUCCAUAUCCUUUAUCUCCAUUGGUCCAUGCUUCGAACAGUAACACACACAUCGGCCGAAGGGACAGUUUGCUGUUCUGCAGAGACGCAUCAUUUCGCCAACAGACUUUUUCACGGCUCAACAACUACAACUCGCAAACUCUCCGCUUCGAUAGAACCCCAAACUUGAAUUCCUUCCCGCUCGCUAUCUCUCUCUUUUUCCUUCUGGUCUACUCUGUUCUAGGGUUAGUACUCGUAUUUGUUGCCUGGGAAAAUCGAUUUUCCUCUUCUCUGCUUCGUUUAUUCUCUUCUUCUUUCGAUUGUUGGCUCUUUUGCUUGCUUCCUGUGUUCCUGCACUUCCAAUCUCGAGUGGAAAAUCUCUCAGCCAGAGUAUGAAGAAGCACCAGGUGAAUACCCUUGAUCCUGGAGCCUUUUCAGAAUCCUUUAUGAGGGUUUUGAACGAGAGUGGCGGGGACUUUGCAGUGCUCUCUAAGAGCUUAGAGAGAAGUGAUCUAGAACUUUCCAAGUAUGGUGACAGAUUUUUUGAAGUAGUUUUCCUUGGGUCCUCUGCCCAGUCUCGCUCUCUGGUUCCUGUUGAGGGAGGUGGAAAGAACCUAUACGCCAUUUUCACGGGAGAUUCCACCGAGGUGAGCAUUCAGGGAUGGGUAACAGUCUUUACAAUUGCUUCCCACAGGAGGCCAGCAGCUUCAAUCACUGGAACUCUGGACUUGGCAAUGAUCCCACUUAUUUCUUUAGCAAUGGUAGUUUUCCUUGGGUCCUCUGCCCAGUCUCGCUCUCUGGUUCCUGUUGAGGGAGGUGGAAGGAACCUAUACGCCAUUUUCACGGGAGAUUCCACCGAGGUGAGCAUUCAGGAACCUAUACGCCAUUCUCAUCACAUCCUGGCGGCGAGCUCUCAAGGCUGGGCGAAGAUUAAGCAGCUUCUUUAACAAUGUUACCCAUCCCUGAAUGCUCACCUCGAUUGAAUCUCCCGUGAAAAUGGCGUAUAGGUUCCUUCCUCCUCCCUCAACUGGAACCAUGGAGCGAGACUGGGCAGAGGACCCAAGGAAAACUACCUGUUCGUUUAUUGACAAACAGAAAGACAUUAAGAAAUUCAGAUUGUCCUAUGCAAAUCAGAAGCAAAGAAAUCUAUGAAGCACUUACUAAUAAACAUGCAUGGUGAGUUUCCUUCCAACCGGAAAGCAGAGCUUAAACGACCUCAUUGCAUAUAUGAGGUUAGUAUGUAUUCCUAUUCCUGUCUCCUCUAUUUCUUCUCUAUGUUUUUCAUUUUUUUUCAAUCUUGGGGAUGUUUACUGUGUAAUCAUUUCAGGGAGGAAGGAAACGACCAAAUUGUCCUCUACCUGGAACGACAACAGAAAGAGGCAGAUUUGGAGGAGUUGGAGGCUAAUUUUUCAGAAUUUUUGGGGGAUUUGGAUUUGAAGGCUCCAACUACCAUUGCUAAAGAAAUAAGUGGGAUCAUUGCCAAGUCCAGAGUUCCAGUGAUUGAAGCUGCUGGCCUCCUGUGGGAAGCAAUUGUAAAGACUGUUAAGUGGCCAGGAAGUGGAACUAAUCAGAAGGAUAAUGAAAUGGUUGCAAUCUCCCAUCUGUCUAGAUGUGGUGAUGUGAUUUUCGAAAAGUUUUGCUCUGGCAAUAUAGCUUGCCAGAUGCAACUGAUCAACAGUGUACAGAGAACUUGCUGGAGAGAGCCGAAGAUGUUGAAUCUCUUUGCUCGGGUGAUCCGUGUGCUAUAUGAUGUGGAUGUUCUUUGUGAGGAUGUAAUUCUGAACUGGUUUUACAAGGGGACAAAUGCUGAUGGCAGGUAAUGCAAAUUGGUUAAUUUGAUAUAAUAUUCUUCUUAAAUGUGUUUAUUUUCAUUUAUUUUGGUUUUGUUUUUUUUGUAGAGAAACAUUUCUGGAGGACCUGAAGCCUUUUAUCCGCUGGCUAGAAGAAGCUGAGGAGGAAGAAGCCCAGAAAGCGGACCUUACAAGCACAGUUGCUGGAAGAGACAUAUAUUUGUGCAGAAGAACUUGUGGAUGUACAGUUUACUGGUGUGAUGUAGCUCAGUAGGUGAUUUUCAUUUUCCUUUUGGUUGUGGGAUGUAUAGCACAAACUAAUGGCACUGGUUGCUAUUCUUGAGCAUAUCAUUGCUCACUUGAGUCAGGCAGGCAUGCUCAUUUUGAUUCAUUCUAAUACACUGUAGGUUUUGACAUAUCCACUGCUGUAUCUCUAUGGCAUUUAACAAUUUGAAGCACUUGAUUAUGGUGUUUCAAAUGUCAUAAUACUCUUGAGCUUAACACUGAUCACUUGAGUCAGGCAGGCUGGCUCAUUUUGAUCCAUCCUAAUACAUUGUAGGUUUCGACAUAUUCACUGAUGUAUAUCUGUGGCAUUUAACAAUUUGAAGCAGUUGAUUAUGGUGCUUCAAAUGUCAUAUGUGUGAAAUUUCUCUAUAGUUUACC